AUCCAGCCAAGCCAUGCCCAGCCAACCACCACGCGACCCCCUCUCCACUCCGCCCAGUCCUUUGAGAGUCUUACAACUUCACCAAAGUGACUCCAAGGCAAUGAAACCUAUUGAAGCCCUCUUUCUAUCCCGCUUUCGUCAUAGCUCGGCUCUUCUCCCCAGGUGUCUUCCCCCCCGAAUCGGCCAGGCCCGCCAGUGCGGUCAAUGAACGGUCGACCAUUCGUUGGCCUGUCCAUGCCACGAGUUGCACUAAUCCGAACAAGGCUAGCUGCCUCCCGACGGAGCACCUCCAGAGUGGCAGAGCCUGGAGCUCGACUACCUUUUCCAGGCCUGAGGCAUCCCCGAUUCUUCUCCGGUUGCUUCGGGGAAAGAAAAAGGUGGGGAGCGUUUGUCUGGUGGGCACAACUCUUUUCCGGGGCCGCAUUUUAUCCAUCAAUUCCCUCACUUACGGGUGCCGCCCAGGCCUUCCGCAAUCUAGUCGUUGCAAUGGUUGCACCUUAUCUGGCUUGCACCAUCUUGUCUCGGAUUCACCAGAUUCCAGCAACCGGAUACUUGUCCGGUUGGUUCCUUCACGGUCUCCUUGUACUAGCAGGUGACUUUGUGCCUUUCUUCGCUCUCUCACCGAUAAGUCCUAGAUAGGCCCGGCCAGUAUAUGCUAUCUUACCACCAAACGAUUCGCUAAGAUCGUUCGUCCCGCGUCGACCCCCUGAACAUUGUAGCAACGGCUAUGGGUUUUUUUUCGUUCCCGUCAGAAUUGCACCCAGAUUACACGAUUCUGAGCGAACGCUCGGUUCCUAGAAAGCGGUCA